CCAUUCCAACCUGGGGCAGCCAGGAGGGCUACGUGUUUGCCGGAUCCGCACGGCCGAGCCGAGCGAGGGAAAUGCUUCCUGCCCCGCCGCUCACCGGUUGAGGACGGGCAGCCCUGGCAGGGUGGCAGGCCAGCCGCGGUGAGGGGCGCCUGCCAGAAGGCGUGCAUUGUCGUUCUGUCGUGCGGCUGAAUGUCGGUUCCAGAGGAUGAGGAGAGGCUACGGCCGCUCGCCCAGAGAUGGCCCCGAGCGAGCAAGUUCCUUCUGUCUGGCUGCGCGGCUACCGUGGCCGAGCUAGCAACCUUUCCCCUUGAUCUCACAAAAACUCGACUCCAGAUGCAAGGAGAAGCUGCCCUUGCUCGCUUGGGAGAUGGUGCAAGAGAAUCUGCUCCCUACAGGGGAAUGGUGCGCACUGCCCUAGGGAUUGUCCAAGAGGAAGGCUUUCUAAAGCUUUGGCAAGGAGUGACCCCUGCCAUUUACAGACACGUAGUGUACUCCGGAGGUCGAAUGGUCACAUAUGAACAUCUUCGUGAAGUUGUGUUUGGCAAAAGUGAAGAUAAGCAUUAUCCCCUUUGGAAAUCAGUGAUUGGAGGUAUGAUGGCUGGUGUUGUUGGCCAAUUUUUAGCCAAUCCAGCUGACCUAGUAAAGGUUCAGAUGCAAAUGGAAGGAAAAAGGAGACUUGAAGGAAAACCAUUGCGAUUUCGUGGUGUGCAUCAUGCAUUUGCAAAAAUCUUAGCUGAAGGUGGAAUACGUGGGCUUUGGGCAGGCUGGGGACCCAAUAUACAAAGAGCAGCGCUGGUGAAUAUGGGAGAUUUAACCACAUAUGAUACAGUGAAACACUACUUGGUAUUGAAUACACCACUUGAGGACAAUAUCAUGACUCAUGGUUUAUCAAGUUUUUGUUCUGGACUGGUAGCUUCUAUUCUGGGAACACCCGCUGAUGUCAUCAAAAGCCGAAUAAUGAAUCAACCACGAGAUAAACAAGGAAGGGGACUUUUGUAUAAAUCAUCAACUGACUGCUUGAUUCAGGCUGUUCAGGGAGAAGGAUUCAUGAGUUUAUACAAAGGCUUUUUACCAUCUUGGCUGCGAAUGACCCCUUGGUCACUGGUGUUCUGGCUUACUUAUGAAAAAAUCAGAGAGAUGAGUGGAGUCAGUCCAUUUUAAGCCCUUACAGAUGCAGCCCUUAAAGAUACAGUGUUCAGUAUCAUUGAAAAAUGGUCAUCUGCAACACACACCCCCUAUCAUUCCUACCUCGUUAGGAAGACCUUACUUCACAGAGACUGUGAUUUAUAGGGGGCAGCACUUUAUUUGUCUCUGGAAACCCAAGUUCUUUUUGACUCCUCUUUUUGUUCAAAAGCAAUCUGAUUGGAUCACGCAAGGCCACCCAGUGAGACCCAGCACUUCAUUUUCUAAAGAAGAAUCUAUCCUGAUCACUUACCUUGGGCAAGAAGAUCCGACCUUCUAGACGCUAUUCUAUUCUGAGGAGCCUGCUUAGAGGAGCCUUGCCAGGAGGGAGACAGCAUCUCAGAUCUGAAGUAGACAAUAGGGAUGUGGAAGAAUAUAUACAUACAUAGUGAUUAAGAAAUGUAUUUAGCCUGUAAUGUCUAUUUUCAAUUGACAUUUGAUAAUUCAUUUUUUCUGUUGUGGAAGUAUAUAUACUGUAAAUUAUAGGGAAGUAAAUGAAAAUUCACGAAUAAACAGUUUGAAUUUCCCUAGUGUUGAAGGAAGUUGAUAUACGUUUUCUUGCCAGAAGAAUGAAAAAAAUCAAGUUGAGAUGAUACUUGGAUCUCAAGGAAGGAAGCUUCUUUCUGUCAGUUUCCCAUUGUUAGAUUUAUGUGAGUUGGUUAGCAUUUCACUGCACAUGCUGAGGACCUCCAGACAGCCACAGACUGACUGAAUCUUGACAAAAACAGAGAAGUGUUUGCUUUGUUAUAUAUCCCAUUGCAACUUGAAUUUGUUGCUAGCUCUCAAGAAUUUCAAUAUGUUUUUUAAAAAUCUAACUUAUUUGAUUAAAGCUCAGAUGGAUAGAUCCUUUUCAUAAAGUGACUUCUGUUACCAGCCUUUCAGCAGCAUUUUAAAAACAAGGCUGAGAUGAAGUUGGCCCAUUCUGACAUGCUUCCUUUCUUAUCUCUUUUCUAGCACUAAAUGCUCUAAAGAGAGAGAGAGAACUCAGAAAUCACACUGAAGUUGUCUCUAGCCUGAAUCUUGAUCAGUUUGACAAAACUUCCUUCCUUUAAAAAGUGAUAAAUACAAACUGCUUGUGGUAUAGUUAUGUCUCCACUCACUGAAUCCAAUCCCUUUUCUUAUUUUGGAAAGGUGAGAGAAUUUCAGAUUCACCUGUAUACCACCUGCCCCAGCCUCAGGACAGGAGGCAUUUCUGGAUGGAUGCCACAGUUAUGGAUAGAGGCUAUAACUGUCAAAAUAGGAAAACUCGAAAAUCUCAGAUCCGAGAAAGACCUUAGAGCUGACCAAACAGAAUUUGUCAUCAUGGACAUGAAUGAUGUUGAGCAGAAAACAUUUACAAGUGCUCUGUGAUUGCACUAAUGUUUAAUCACUGCCAUUUAGGAGGGGAAAUAUACUUUAAUAUAUAUUUUAAUGUGAUGUACUAAUACGCAAUGGCUCAUUGUUUUCCUAUAGAAUUUGCAAAAUGUGGAGUUUAAUCUCUUAAAAAUCUUUAGGUCUGUUUUUCCAUUGUGUUUGUGUGUCUGUAUGAAUUGAGUUGUUAAAUAUGUUUAAAAUAAUACUAUGUACUUAGAGUCCCAAGUGUUCUGCAUUGGAACCACUUUAAGGAACUUCUGCUUUUUAUGUUUUAUAAUUUUUUAAUUAAAUAAAGACUCUAUCAGAAUACUUAGAUUCAAGCUGGACCAUGAAAAAAAAUAUUAAGUUUUAUUCUUUGAGGGGCUUGGAGUGAAAACAUUGCUUAAGUAUUGAGACUGUUCUUGCUUUCUGGAUUCAAUAUGAAUAAUUGGAAAUUUUUAACCUGAAAUGAAUGACUCCUUGGGAUCACCUAGUUUAACCCUCUCUUUUUACAUGUUAGGAAAUUGAUAAGCUUCUUAGUAGCAGAACCAGGAUAUAAAAAUACAGGUUUCCUACUUACUAUUACAGUUGACAAUUAUUGUACACUAAUUAGGUACUGAGUAAAUGCUUUAUGUCAUUUUCACAACGACCCAGUCCAGUGAUCUUGAAUCUUCCAAAAACAGAUUUUUCUUUAUGGCAUUUUUGUCUUAUACAUUUUAAAUUAAUUUGAGCACAAAUUUUAGAAUGGGCUCACCAUGCCUUAGCUGAACAUUAAGACCCUGCAUAAUCUGAUUAAAGCCUGUUACCCAGCACAUAUAUCCCAUCACAUUCAUACUAUCCCAGUGAAAUCAUGUUCAUUCAUGUAUCUUGGAACUUUCAUUUAUUUUUAACAACUUGAAAUCCUUUUGUUCCUCUCCAAAACAGUCCACAGUAAAUAGGAAUAAAAAUUUCAUAAGUUUGUGUCCAUACUAAGAGACUUAACUGUUUGAAUCUCAUUUUCUUACUAUACUACUGUUAUAUGUGGUAUUUAUCUUCAACUCAGUAUUGAUAAUACUUAGCAUCGUCUUCUCUUUUGCUUAACUUCCACAUUUUUUCUUUUCCCAUAUGAUUUUUUUCUUAUUGAAAUUUCUUUUUAGUUGUAUACAGUUCUUUGCUCUUUAUAUGUAGAAGUGAAUUAACAGGUAUAUCUAGAGAUAACAUUUUUUAAAUAUGCUUUUAGUGCAAAAUAAUGUAUCUUUAUUAAGUACUCUAAAUACUAUUUGAUUAUAAGCCACUAAUGGGAGGACUGUGUCUUGUUUUUAUUAUAAAUCUCUACUUUCAGUAGCAUUUCUUUGCUGUUAGGUACUCAACAAAAGUUGAUUAUAGUUACAUGUAACAUGAAUAAAUUAAUUUUGUCUUCAUUUUAAUCUGUGAUCAUCAUAAAACUAGUUUGAAAUUUCACUUUGCUAAGAAAAAAGGCAACAAAUUCAGGGAGGUUUUAAAUAUAAAAAAGAAUUUGCUGUCUGUCAUCUUCAAAAUUUUAAGCACAACCAUUUAUUGAAAUUGAAAUACAUGUUCUUCCCUUAAUUAUACAUGUAAUUCUCUUAACGGUUAAUGAAAACAGAUUCCCUCAGGAUCCCCACUGGAAAAUGUUUUAUUUUAAUGCUUGAUGGUUCAAAAAAUUAGGGGAGUCUUCAAUUCUCUUCUCCCUUAUGAAACCAUGACUCUUUAAGAAUGAUUACCAAAUAAAUAUCAUUAUUAAAUGCCAGGUAAUGUGGAGGAAAGACUGAACCUGGAUUCUUAAGACCUUUGUCCAGUUUGGGUUCUACUUCUGAAAGAGUGGUAUGAUUAUAAGCAAGUCCUUCUGCUUCUCUUAGUUUCCAUUAUUCCAUUUCCUUUAAAAGAUGAGGUGAUUAAACUCUUGAAUCUUAACUUGCAUUUACCUGAAGGAGGCCAUUAUAUUUUAAGUCCUGUGAAAACAAUAGGAUUUUUAAAAAAAUUUAUUGGGAUUUGUGUUUUCCUGUAUUUAAUUAGUAUCUCAUAUUUCAAGAUCAAGAAAGGUUUAUUCAGGCCUUAAAGUAUGAUACAAACUUUAUAUGGCUGGAGGUCUUACAUAGAAACCUUUCUUCUGAGUAGCAGAUUCAUCUGCCUUCAGACAACUCUGAGCAUGUUACUCCUAUUCUAACCUUCAAAUGCCCCUCUAUACACAGAAAAUAAAAAAUUAACGUCUUUUAAUACUGUAUCUAAGACCCCUCAAUCUGACUCCAACCUGUUUUUCUAACCUCUGCAUUUCACUGCAUAUCUGCAUUCUACCUCCUUGCAAAUGCAUGGCUCCACUUAUUUUUCUGGAGAUGCUCUUCACUUGGCUGCUUCUCAUGCAGUGUUCAUGCUGUGCUUUUUGCCCAACUUUCCUCCCACUGCCACCACUCAUUCUUCAUUUUCAUUGUUUAAAUCCUACUUUAAUAUCUAGAAUGAUCUUUGAAGACUUCAACAUUUCUACACUUCCACGUCUCAUUCCUUUUCCUACUGUGGAUGUAUUUCUGUAUGUGUGGUAUGCCUGCUGCUCCUAUAUAGAAUGAGCUGCUUGCAAGGAAGGACCACGUAACACAUCUCGGUUCCUCUUAUAAACUUCAAAUAGAAGCCAAUUAGCUAUUUGUUGAAUUCAGAGAUUUUUGGGGGUUGGAGAGAGAAAAACAUUUGUGCACACAUGAUUAAGUCGUUAAUGUUGUUUUCCUGCUACUUUCAGAAUAAUUAUGUUGGGGCAGUAACACAAUUUCAUGAGAUUCUUUAUCAUGUUAAGUGCUUACCUGCAUUUUC